AUGUGUACUAGCCGAUUCAGUUCAGCGUACGAUUUAGAUUGCCAUUUCAGUUACUAUCAUUCAACUAUUAAACGGUUCAAAUGCUUUCACUGUAAUCGGGUACUAUAUAACUAUUCGGGUAAACUACGCCACGAACGAUUAUGUUCCUUGAAAAGUACUGUUAUUAGGAAACUACCAUAUCCUCAGACGACUAUCUUCCAGAAAACAAUAUCUCGACCAACAGAAAUAAUUCAGGAACCAGAACGUGUACUAGUAAAGAAAAUGAGUGAUAAUGAGGAUUGUGAAGUGAUUCAAAAUCAUCCAAUCAGUAUUACUUCAAUCUCAGAAUCAAGAUCUGGUACGCCAAAAGCUACACCUGAAAACUCAACAAAGCUUAUUCCGGCUUCUAAGUCCAAACAAAAGAAAACAUUUCACAUUUGUGAUAUUAUGCAUGAUAUUCCAGGUUUUUCGUAA